GGCUCUCAUAUAUAUUUUAGUGAAAGUUUAUUUAUUUAUUUUUAUGGAAUUUCAUUUGCCCUUAUUAUAAAUUCCGUCCAUGUCGCUUCGAGAAAUUCUUUCAUUAUUUAAACAAAUUUAGUGAAAAAUCUUAAAUGGAAAGCGACAAAAUCCAAGUGCCUCUUCUCGUCGAUGAAACUUCAUCGUCGGUUUCGGGUCAACCGAAAAUCACAAGUGUCCCAAUUAAAAGUGUCUUGGUGUUUCUAAUUGCCACUGUCAGCUGUGCAGUUCUAUUGGAAUUUCUCCCAAACACUACCCACAGCCUAUUUCCGGCCAAGUCAUCCAAUGACACCUCCGCCCAACAACAACUGUCACGUCCAAAGUAUGCUAUUUAUGGUCUAAGUAAAACCGAAGAACAUCUCGAUCAUGUGAUUGCUGUGUUGGAGCGUCUGGGCUAUGAGCGCACAGCGUUUGAAGGUGACCAGUGGGAUCUGCUUUGGGCACAUGACUAUCCAUUUCUCUCGAUGAAUCUCAAGAAUCUCCAGCCACACAAAAGAAUCAAUCAUUUUCCCGGUUGUGGCUUCAUAACAAACAAAGUAGACUUGUCCACAACUCGUUUGCCAUUCCUUCCGAGGGCCUUCAAGCUCCCUGGAGAUAAGGACGAAUUUCUUGAAUAUAUUACAGAGAAACCACAAGCUCUCUUUGUCCAGAAACACAAUGAACACAGAUUCAUCGAGAUCAAGGAACCGCAUCACAUCAAUUUGGAUUCGAAUAGUAGUUUCGUUCAGGAAUUCAUUCAGAAUCCGUUCCUCGUCGAUGGAUACAAGUUCGAUAUUGGAGUCUACGUCGUUGUGACCAGCAUCGAUCCUCUCAGGGUGUACAUCUACACUGGAGAUGUGCUCUUUCGGUACUGUCCAGUCAAAUACCACCCAUUUGACCCGAAGAACGUAGACAAGUAUGUGGUGGGCGAUGAUUACCUCCCGACUUGGCAGGUUCCCUCAUUGGUGAAGUACUACAAUAAGUUCAACGCAAAUAUGAGAGGAGCCUUCGAUGCCUACGUUCGGGAUCAGGGUAAGGAUCCCCGCGGCGUGUGGCAACAGGUGGAAGACAUAAUCCGUCGCACUGUUCAAUCCAAGGAGAAGCAAAUGGCUGACAUUUUGCGCAACUACAAAACCAGGAACUUCUUCGAGCUGAUGCGCUUCGACUUGAUUAUCGAUGAGAACCUCAAAGUCAUCCUCAUGGAGGCCAAUAUGAGUCCGAAUCUCUCCUCGGCCCAUUUCAAGCCGAACUCAUUGCUUUACGAACAGAUUCUGUACAGUGUGCUGAAUCUUGUGGGCGUUGGGUCGCCUAUUCCACAUUCAUUGCUGUCUGCAGGCUCCGAGGAAGUGGAGGAGAUGCUCUCGAAUGACAGAAACAUAGCAACGCUGUUGAAUAUCUGUGCCGACUUCGAUUGCGAUAAAUCGUGUAAUGUUCCCGAGUGUGAACUUUGUUUGCCUUGUCUCAGUGGCAGGGAACAUCAGGCCUUGCACACAGCCUUCCGAGAGCACCUUCACCGCGUCAACAUGAAGAGAAUCAUACCCAAACCGAUUAUUGACCGAACCAAGUUCGACAUCUCAAAGGAAACUCUUAAUCUUUCCACGAAGAACCAAUGGAUGACAAGGUGGUUCUAUGCCAAGUGCAUGGAUGACAUAACCUGGUGCUUUUAGACAAACGUACUUAAGUUCAAUGUGCAAUGUAUUUUUUUAUAGUAUUAAAUAUUUUUAGACACAAA